GCGUACUACCGAAUCCAACAAUGAUUUCAGUAUUGGAAAUUGCUGUGCUGAUAUCAGCUUAGUGAAAUAAAUUUCUGAGCGGAUGAUGUUUUAUCACUGUGGAAAUGAAAUGCGUUAGGAAAUACGUACAAUCUUAACUUUUGAAGAAAAUUUUCAUCGUCACACUGAGAACAUGACAGGCGGAAACGUAUCAGACAGCGAUUACAUGAUGUCGAAUAACGGGUCAUUAUUAGACAAUAACAGUACAAAUGUAACCUAUACUUUUGAAGUACCAGAAAAUAUCAUUGCUUCUGUAGAAAAAAUUGUCGUUCCAACAAUAUGUUUUCUUGGUUUAAUUGGGAAUACAAUGUCAUUUAUUGUAUUUGCUCAAAAGUUUCUUCGAUCGAAAUCAUGUAGCAUAUUUCUUGCUGUAAGAAGUCUUAGUGACAAUGGAUUUCUUAUCAUACUUUUAAUUAUGUGGUCCUCACACGUGUUUGAUUUGAGACUUAGUCGAAUCAUUGGCCUUUGUCAAGGAACUAUUUUCUUGACGUACGUUUUUGGAUGUCUCUCUGUUUGGAUGGUUGUGUUUGUAACAAUAGAAAAUUAUAUCAGGAUAUGUAAACCUUUUAUGGUCAAUACAUUUUGUAAACCAACGAAAGCCAAAUAUGCUGUGAUACUUGUGUGCAUAUUCUUAUUGUGUUGUUAUAAUUUUCCCUUGUGGACAAUGACAGAAGAAUGUUUACCAAAGGUAAAGCACCACAACUUUCUGAAGAUCAUGGGGUAUGUAGAUAGCGUGCUUACAUUAGUCAUACCAACGGCUAUAAUGACAUUUCUUUUAUCUCGCAUUGCUUUGUCAUCGAUAUCGUCUUGCAAGAGGCGAAGGCGUCUUAGUUCCACAUCUGCACAAAGAAUCAGCGAUCUUACGACAAAGGUUACGACAAUGCUUCUUGCAGUAACGCUCAUUUUCAUUACUUUAAAUCUUCCAUUACAUGUUGUAAAAUUACGGCUUCUGGUAAUAUCAUUCAUUAAAGAUAAAAUAGAUAUAUUUACACAACUUGAUAUAACAGUUCAAUCUAUUUCACAACUCAUCUAUUACUUGUCACUUUCUAUCAAUUUCAUUGUGUACUAUAUCUUUGGUGGCACGUUCAGGAGGACAUUUAAAAGCCUUUUCCGAAGCAAACAGAAAAAUGUUUAUGCUCAAACGGAUUACAGUACUUUGCUUUCUUCAAAGACUCGAAGAAUUGAGCAUUUCUCAAAACCGAUAUCUGAGGACGGAAAUUCAAAUAACAAUCUGUUAAUACCCAAUCAAGGUGACGACAAAUCGUUAAGAAGAAUUCAAAGUUCUGAAAUGUAAUGAAUUUCUUAACAGUUCAGUGUCAUUUUAUUUUUUUAAUUAUUGUAUUGCAUUUAUUGUAAAUAAAUGUGUUUUACUGAAACAGGAUUAAACAUAAACGAAUAAAUCUUUUUAAAGUGACGGUGAUUUGAAAUUGUGAAUUGAUGAAACGAAUAUUAGUUUAUAUUUUCAAUAGAUGACUAACUAUUCUUGAUAUUUGAAUAUAUAUCGUUAUCCUAUACACAUGUUUAUCAAAUAUUGUUUUUAGCA